GUAGCGGCAUGCUGGGUAGGGAGGGAGGGUCAGAGGUCGUCGGGGCAGACGGCGUUCUUGCCGCUGGCCCAGUCGCUAUGUAGUAGAGAGGCAGGCUCCCUCCUGCAAGUUCUGGAAGGUUCUUGGGCUCGAUUAGGGCAGAAUCUCCAGGACUCAGUCGUCGGCAUCAAGACCUUGCCGGCUGAGCAGUGCCGCCGCCGCCGCCAUGUUUGGCUGCCUGGUGGCGGGGAGGCUGGUGCAAACAGCUGCACAGCAAGUAGCAGAGGAUAAAUUUGUUUUUGACCUGCCUGAUUAUGAAAAUAUCAACCAUGUUGUUGUUUUUAUGCUUGGAACAAUCCCAUUUCCUGAAGGAAUGGGAGGGUCUGUCUACUUUUCCUAUCCUGAUUCAAAUGGAAUACCAGUAUGGCAACUCCUAGGAUUUGUCACAAAUGGGAAACCAAGUGCCAUCUUCAAAAUUUCAGGACUUAAAUCUGGAGAAGGAAGCCAGCACCCCUUUGGAACCAUGAAUAUUGUCCGGACUCCAUCUGUUGCUCAGAUUGGAAUUUCAGUGGAACUGUUGGACAGUUUGGCUCAGCAGACUCCUGUAGGCAAUGCUGCUGUAUCCUCAGUUGACUCAUUCACUCAGUUCACACAAAAAAUGUUGGACAACUUCUACAAUUUUGCUUCAUCAUUUGCUGUCUCUCAGGCCCAGAUGACACCAAGUCCAUCUGAAAUGUUCAUUCCAGCAAAUGUGGUUCUGAAAUGGUAUGAGAACUUUCAAAGGCGACUAACACAGAAUCCUCUCUUUUGGAAAACAUAAUUUGAAUAAAAAGCUAUAUGAUGGAUCCUGAAAUUUGUCAUGUUUGGAAGAUGACUCCAUUUGAAAGCACGAAGACAAGAGAAUCAUGAAGCCUAAGUGUAAAAACUGCUUAGUGACUGUGAAACUUAAUUAAAAAUCUUUGUAAAAAAUUAAAAACAUUAAAAAAUAAGAAUACCUUCAUCAUUAUGACUUUUUUUCCCUUAAGCUUAGAAUUCUACUCAAAGGCAAAAUUUUGCUUUGGCCAUCAUUCAUUAUUUACUUAAAAAAAAAAAAAGCCCAUUCAACCCAGUAGAGUGCUAAAUGCCAUUGCACAUGUAAUGAUACAUUUAUUUUUACAGUGGUUUGCUGGAGUAGUUAACUUCAAAUCAAUCAUCUCAAAAUUAGGAGACUUUUGAAAAACACCAAAUAUACAUUUUUAGAUGUGGAAAAAUUAUUUUUCAGGACUAUUUAAGGUUGCAAUUUUUGUCAAGACAGGCUAGCUGUCAGUUUUUAUAUUUGCAGUUUCAUACAUUUCUAUUUGUUUAAUGAAAUUGCCAUGGUUAAAACUGAUGAAUUUUAAUACUGAUAAUGUUACUAGGCAUUUUUAUAUAAAAUAUUGGGUUCAUUACUUCUGAAUAUGGAGAUAAAACCUUUGUGUCUCAUUUGAAAGGUAAUUUUUUGACUGAUUUGUACUGGUGAAGCCCAUUGGCCAAAGACCAACAGGAUUUCACCUGUAAUCAAAGCUAGGUUUAUUAGCCUGCUGCUGAACCAAGGGCGUGUGUACACCAGAGGAACAAUGAAGUAUCCCCAAAGGGAAGGGUACAUGCAAGUAUAGCAGUUUGGGGCCUGUAGUUAGUUUUAGAUUGCCUGGGUAGAUACUGGUGAAAAUUUAGAAACUAGAGGUUGCUGGUGCAGUGCUUUUAGAACACAUAAGCCUGUGCAGAGUUGCUUGUUAAGUCAGUCAGUGGUCUUGCUUCGAAACAUAUGGAUCUAGUUGAGCUAGUGUUGAGAGUUUGAGCUUAGGUAGUUUCUUGCGUUGUCAAAGUUUGCUUAGAUUUAAGCAUUUUGCAGGUUGUUCUCAGUCCUUUUCUUGUGGAAGGAUAGAUCGUUGUCUUCUGGAAUUGUGAUUAAUCCAGAUUUGUAUUGCUAUUUACUAGAUUAUGAUUGUGUGUCAGUUUUUCAAUGGUAGUGAUUAGCUUCAGAUCUUCUUAAUGGAUGAUCGUUGUUGAAUUAUGUGACUUGACAAUGGCUACACAACAUCUAAUACUCUUGAUAGAAAGCAUCAACCAGGGCUGUUGUGGUACAGCAGGUUAAGCCACUGCCUGCGAUGCUGGCAUCCCUUUUGGGUGCCACUUUGUGUUGUCCUGGCUGAUUCCUCUGCUUCCGAUCCAGCUCCCUGCUAAUGUGCCUGGAAAAGCAGUGAAGCCUCUGCACACACAUGGGAGACCUGGAAGAAACUCCUGGCUCCUGGCUUCUGCCUGGUCCUAUGCCCCGUGUUGUAGCCCUUUGGGGAAGUGAACAAGUGGAUAGAAGAUCUCUCUUUUCUCUUCCUCUCUCUCUGUAAUUCUACCUUUCAAAUAAAUAAAUCUUUAAAAAUUAAAAAGAAAGCAUCAACCAAUUGUAUUAUAAUUACCAGAAUUAAAAUAUUUUUGUAUUAAAAUUUAUACCCAGGAGUCCAGAUUGCCAAACCCAUGCCCGAAAUACAUGUCCCAAAAUCCAGGUGGGUCUAUUCUACAGAGUUAGGUAACCUCUUCUUUUAGCCAAGUCUGAAUCUGUUCUACCUGUCCAGUGAUUUUUGUAGAGGAAUAAUAGUGUUAAUGUAAAGCACCUCUUGACUUGCUAAGGGGAAGCAAAGGCUGUGUGUUCAUGACAACUCGGGAUAGCGAAUUUAAACCUGUUUAGUGGGUUUCUAAAACAGAUGAUGGAAGUCAAGUUUUGGAUCACCUUUUCUAGUUGUAUUCUUGCUGUUGGAAUAGUAUCAUGCAUAGCCUAUACCUGCCUCAUUUUGGAAGUCUGGUUAUCCUUCUCAGAGAAGUGUACACUGAGAAGGAAAGGGGUUUUAAAUACCUGAAAAAACGUUUUUUAAGCUUAUUCUAUAUACACAGGAUAAUUGUAUUGGAGGCAGGUGAAAGCUAAGUGUUGAGAUGAGUAUAGUGUAUUGUAGAAAAUACUGGAAAUAUUUGCUGUGCUGCAAACUAUGGUACUUUAUUACAGUAGCUCAAACUCAGACAAAACCUAAGAGAAACAAGGCAUAUACAAAACCACAAAAAUUUGUACAUGAAUGUUUAUAUCAUUAUUCAUAACCACCAAAAAAAAAAAAAAAAAGGAAACCGCCCAAAGGUCCAUCAACUGAUGUGUAGAUAAUAGUGGUGUAAUCAUACUAAUAUCGGCAAUAGAAAGGGACGAAGUACUGAUUCGUGCUAUGACGUGGAUGAAUCUUGAAAACGUUAUGCCAAGUGAUAGAAGCCAAUUACAAAAGACCACACAUUUUUAUGAUUCUAUUUGUAUAAAUAUCCCAAAUAGGCAAAUGGCAGAGACUAAACUAGAUUAAUGGAUGCUUAAUGCUUGUGAGGAUUGGAAGGUAGGGAUUAUCUACUAAUGGGUCUAAGGCUUCUUUCGGGGAGGAUGAAAAUGUUCUGAAAUUAGAUUGUAAUGAUGCACAAUACUGAGUAAACAUUGUACACUUCAAAUGGGCGAAUUGUAUGCGACUUGCAGUUUUUUAAAUAAAGUGGACAAAUGCUUAAAGCAGAUGUGUGAACAAAAGUAAUGAAAAAACAAAGUGCAGAAAUGAAAAAUUUCCUUGUUUCAUGUAACUGGUGAUUUUAAGUCUGAGAUGGAAAUGUUUUACAACUUUGGAGUUAAGAGGAUACCUCCUCUCAACAGGAUAAACUGUCAGUUCUUCAAAUAUUUCAGUAUAUGAAGUCAUAGAUAAAAUAAUUUUCAAUUCAAGUAUUGCAUUUUUAUGGUAAAGUACAAGAAGAGCCAGAAUGUAAUGAUGAAUAGAACCUAUUAAAGAUGUAUUUGAAAUCUGGAACUAGUGUUUUCAAGUUGG